AUGUUGUAAUAAUACAUAAACAUGGGAUUUUCUUAGGCUUAGAUUUAGAAAGCCUAAUAAAUUUGCAAGUAAAAUCGUAAUUUGGAGAUUUUGGAUGUGCUGUUAAAAAAUGUUUAAUCUCCAAUAAAAGAAUAAUCACAAUCUCAGAUAUUGAGAGAAUUAUCGUUUGAUGUUUUGACUCCAGAUCAGCGUUUGAGACAGAAGGGAACACCAGUAGGAUUAAAGAAUUUAGCAAAUGGUUUGAGUUAUAUUUAUGGUAGUUUGUUAUUUGAAUUCUUUGAUACAGACAUAUUUUCAUAAUCCAAUAUUUGUGAAAGAGAUAUUAAGUUUUAGAUACCCGAUAUAAUUGAAUUUUGAGGAUUUAUUAAAUAAGAAUGAAGCAAAAGCAAAAAGAAUAAAGUCAUCGAUCGAUUUGGUUGUGCAUUUAUAGAGGUAUAAAAAUAUUUAAUGUUAGAUUGUUUGCUUAUUUGGUUCAUACAGAUCGUAAGUAUGUAGAUCCAUAUAGAGUAUUUUUGAAUGUUGUAGAUGAAUUUGGUAAUAGAUUUUAAUUGGGUGAUUAGAAGGAUUGGGCAGAGUUCAAUUUACAAUUUAUAACAUGUAUAGAUGAGGGAUUGAAAUAUCAUGAGAAUAAAAUAAUGGAUGCAGAGAUUUAAAGUAAAGAAGAGUAUGGUGAGAUAUAAGAAUCAGAUUAGUAUUAGUAAGAGAGAAAUAGAUCUGGAAUAACAUUAUCUAGAUCAAUGAUAUUAUUGGAUGAGAAUAAGACUAAAUUAAUUGAAUAAUAACCUUUAUAAUCUUAACCAUAGAAUUAAACGAUUAUUAAUAGGCUUUUCUUUGGUAAAACUAAAGAAUAUAUCACACAUCCUAAUUAAAGAAAUUAGAGUGAAGAAUAAGAAUAAAUAUUUUUAUAGAUAAUUUUAAAUGUUAAGAAUAGGAGUUUAUAUUAAGCAUGGGAAGCUAACAAUUCAUUUUCAAUUGAGGGAUAUAGAAAUGGAAGUGAAGUAAUUGAAUUAGCAGAGAAAACUAUUUGGAUUACUUAGAUUCCUGAUUCUUUAUUAUUUUAAAUAUAGAGAGUUGGAUAUGAUCCUGAAAGAGGAUUGAUAAAAUUGAAUGAUGAAUUUAGAUUUGAGAAAGAAAUAUAUGCAGACAGAUUUCUUUUAGAAAAUAGAUAAAAGGUUAUAGAAACAUAAUAAUAAUUACAUGAACUUAAAAUUUAGUAAGGUGAAUUACUUUCAUAAAUGGAAAAGUAUUAAAAUUAUAGUGGGAUUUCUAUGUUGACUAUUUUAAGUACAGCUGCAAAAUAUGUAAAGGAAGCUAAACCAGAUGAUGAAAUUAUGCAAUAAAGAAUUGAUUAAUGUAGAUUGAGUAUUCAAUUGAUUUUAUAGAAAUUCUAAUUGUAAUUGGAUCAAAUCAAUUAAAAGAUUGAAGAUUUAUAUGCUAUUAUGAAAAAGUAUAAAUACUUUCUCUAAAGUAUUCUCAUUCAUGAAGGUGCUGCAGAAUCUGGUCAUUAUUAUACUUACAUUUACAAUCCAUUUUUAAAACAAUGGUUUAAAUUUAAUGAUAUCAAUGUUACAUAGGUAAGCGAAGAAAAGGUUUUAAGAGAUGCUUAUGGAGAUGGUAAAUCUAAAACUAAUGCAUAUUGUUUAAUUUACUAGCGUGCUGAUCAUUUUGAAUCAGGAUCUUAUUCAGAUUACACAAAUAAAUCUGUUUAUGCAUAAUAUAUUCAAUAGAAUCUUUUUGAAGAAGUUACUAAUGAUAACAAAAAGUUUUAGAUUGAACAAUAAGAAUAUGAACUUGUAGAAUUAGGAGAUUUAGUAGUUGAAAUUUAUAAUUUAUAAUUCUAAUAAGUAAAUGAAAUGGCUAGAAAAUAUAAAAAUAGAAAUGGUAAUCCACUUAACAAUUUUCCAACAUAUUUACGUACUCUCUUAGAUCAAAUGAAUGAUUUAGUUAAAUGGAGUAUAUUAGAUUAUGCAAUUAGAGAGGCAUCUUAAGGGAAAAGAACUUUGAGAGAUUAUUAAGAAUAGAUGAUCUUUCAAUAAAGGUGUAUAUUUAUUACAUUGAUCUUAGAAUUAAAUACAAUUUGGAAUAAUUAAAUCAUUUCAAAGUUCCAUCCAAGUAUGAAGUUGACAAAUAAACCAUUAAACAUCUUUAAUAUUACUAUAUGUAAUAUAUUUCAUCACUAAGAAUCACUGCAAUACAACAAUAUUAGCAUAUUUGA